ACAGCGCCAAGCGACAGAGCGGAGUGUGAGUGUAUUUGUGAAUCGCUCCCAAGUGUUUCUCAGACCACACUAGACACGACUCAGUAAACGAAGGGACGCACACAUCAGGAGCCAGACGCAUCCACAAGGACUUACGGUACAGCGCUUAAAGUGCACAGGCACAUGGCCGGCAGAGGGUGAGAGAUGCUGUCCAGCCGAGGCGCGCUGGUGGAGUGCGGGUAGUGCACGACGCGCAACUCCGGGCACAGGUCGGUUCAACGGACGCUCCGGUUCUCCGGUGCCCGGGUUUGGAGUGCCGUGUUUGUGGACUUUUCAUCCCAUUCGACUUUUGGCCACAUGCAUCCUCAGCAGUUUUCCAGACUUUAAAGGACAUUAGUCAAGAAGAAUUUAUUUAAAGACAGAUUUACGCACAUCGCCACAGGCUCCGGUUGGACUUUUUCCCCUUGUUUCCAGUAUGGGACCCUCUACAAAAAGUCGUACUAGGACAUUUGUCAUCGGACAGGAAUAAGGAAACAGAAAUUCUCCUAUUCUACCUUUUUAAUCUUUUUUGAAAUAAUUUUACGCAUUUUUCUUAUUUUGACAGAGAGAUGUUUUUGUGCCAUAUUCGCCCUGAAGAAAUGCGCACAGAAAAAAAAAAACUUUGGAUUAUAAUAGGUCUCUCAUGCGGUAGGUUGAAUUACAAUGUUAUAUGUCGGUUUGUUUAAUCAAAGACAUAAAGAAGAAAAGACAAGUAAACGCAUGAAUACGGGAAGAGGGACACAUUCUGCGUAUUUGGACACACUCUGUCCCUUCUGUCCUCCGCACCCUUGGAGAAUUUGUCAAACAAAAACAAUUGUUCUGCAACAAUGAGAACUUAUUCGGUGAGUGUUAACAUUUAAAGUAGAAAGAGCAGCGUUGCCUUCAGUUCGACACAAGCAUUUGAAUCGUUUUCUUUUUAUUCGUUUGAAUUUGAGGACAGACGGAAUAGCAGACAGUGCGCCGAUGUCUGGCACACUGGCCGUCAUGUGGGAUUGAUAGCAGGGGAGUAUGUUUGGGCUGGAGCAGUUUGGUUCGCAGAUAAAUAGCAGAAACCCUGGCCAGUCAGAGAGAAACAUAAACCAACCAAGACUGAACAUGGGCUCCCAUUAUAAAAGCCCCGGUUUUCACUCUGGAGGCCCGCCGGGAGCCGUGGAGCCCGGCAUGGGCCCUCUAAGUGAGCCUCAAAUGCUCGGGCUCAACAUGAACAUGAACGGAGAGCAGUACGGGGGCUUCCACCCGCGGGGCCACUCGGACAUGCAUUCAGGCGGCGGACUGCAACAGCAGCAGCAACAGGGACCCAUGCAUGGAUUUUUUAACAACCAGCAACCUCAUCAAGGACACCCUCAUGGCCAUCAACCUCACCCCCACCAACAUCACCCACAUUUCAGUGGGAAUUUUGGAGGCCCAGAGCCAGGGUCAUCAUGCCUGCACGGUGGCAGGCUAAUGGGCUACAACAACAAUGGCAUGGGACCACAGCAGGGCUUUGGAGAAGGAUUUGAUCCUCUUGCUGAGGGACAGGCAGGGGAUGGUUUUCCCCAGCAGCAACAGCAGCAAAGGACUGGUAAUAUGCCUGACUUCCAACAUCACGGGCCUCCCAGUGGUAGCCAUGCUGUCCCUGCCCCCUGUCUACCCCUGGACCAGUCACCUAACAGGGCAGCAUCCUUCCACGGUCUCCCAUCCUCCUCCUCCUCCUCUGAGUCUCACGGCCUAGAGCCUCGGCGGAUGCCCAACCAGGGAGCUGUGGAGGGAUUAGAAUAUAACUUUCCUAGUGAGCCUCCAUCUGGACACUUUGAUGUACCUGUAUUUUCUCCAUCAGAAUCAGAUUCUCAGCUGCCACAUUUUGGACCUGGAAGGCCGGUCCCAGGUGGUAAUUUCCCUGGUAAUCCUGGCAUUCCACGGACACCAGGUAUGCAGGGCAUUUCUAAGGGACACCAGCCGCCACCACAGCCCCAGCAGUCUCAGCACGGAGUGUUUUUUGAGCGUUUUGGGAACGGCCGGAAGGUGCCUGUGGGAAUGGAGCCCGGGGUCAAUGUGAGACAUCCUCUCAUGCAGCAGCAGCAACAGGCUGGCUUGAUAGCCAGGCAGAACUCCUGCCCCCCUGGCCUCCCCCGACCCCCUCAGGCAGAGCCCAACUCUACUAACCCUAACAUUCUGGAUGGAGGGGUCAUGAUGCCUGGCCAACACAACCAGUUUGAAUAUCCCAUUCACAGACUGGAAAAUAGGGGUCUGCAUCCCUAUGGGGACCCCAUGUUUAAUAUGCAACAGCCAGCUCCUCCUCCCUCCCAGCAGCCCCCAAAUCAGAGGCUGCAACAUUUUGACUCUCCUUAUAUGAACAUGGCAAAAAGGCCUAGAUUUGACUUUCCUAAUACACAUGGCAGUGAAGGCUGGUGUGGUGGGAUGGACAACCAUCUCUCCCCCUCUGCCUACUCUGGCCUGCCUGGAGAAUUCACCCCCCCUGUAAGUGAAGGUUUCCCUCCGGGCCCCUUACAGCAUCCCGGGCCUGAACAACAGUCUCUGCAGCAGCGCCAAAAUGCAGCCAUGAUGAUAAAACAAAUGGCUUCACGUAACCAGCAGCAGAGGAUGAGACAGCCCAGUCUGCAGCAGCUGGGUCACCACGGUGAUGUGCCUCCUGGCCCCAUGACUCAUGGAGGCCCAGUCGGGAGCAUGCCCCAGCCCAACUUCGACAGGGAGAAUGGUGGCAGAAUGCCCAACAUUGAUGGACAGAAUCCUCAUGUAACUCAGGAGAACUCCUGGUUCCAAGGGUCCCACCCACCAGGGGAGAUGAUGUCACGGCGUAUGGGUGGAGCAGGUAAUGAAUCAGGAGCUCAUGACAUGGGGCUUCAGCAGAAUGGGGCUGGAAUGAUGUUUAGGCCAGGCAUGGGUAUGCAGGACCCCAUGAGAAUACCAGGAGAUGGGCAUGUACAGGCUCUCCAUUCCCCGGGCAUGCACUCACAGUUCAGUGGCAACAUGGGCAACCUGUCUCAAAUGCAGUCUCCAGGAGCAGGCGCAGGGCAUCCGAAUGCACCAGCAGAGAGGCGGCCAGCUGACUUCCCUGCACCUCCAAUGGGAGCCCAGCCAACGUUUCCCUAUGGAGGGGCUAACCGUCAGGGGCCGGCCCACAGUGCUCCCCAGGGGGUGAGCACCUCACCAGGGAGUUACCCUCCUCAAUCUGAGUUCCCCCCAGGCCAGCGGUCGUCUGUUAGUAAGCUUGGAGCUCUAUCCCUCGGGAACUUCAGCAAACCCAGCACUAAAGACAGUGUUUUUGGCCAGAGCUGCCUGGCGGCCCUCUCCACUGCCUGCCAGAACAUGAUUGCUAGCCUAGGGGCCCCCAAUCUCAACGUAACAUUCAACAAGAAGAACCAAAAUGAGGGCAAGCGAAAACUGAGUCAGACAGAGCAGGACAUUAAUAGCAGCACAUCUAAUGGGACUGGCAGUGCUGGUCCUGAAUAUUUUCAGAGCAGCACUUCCCAGAACAGCCAGAUGCCUGGCACUGGGAAUAGCAACUCUAAGCCUGUAACUCAAAGUCAGACGGUGCAGGGGGAAGCCAGUGCCCUCUCCCCAAAUUACAACAUGGACGCUACCCCGUGCAGUGAGGGGAAGGCAACAACAGGGAGUGGGAGAGGGAGAGGGAGGAGAAAAAGAGACAGUGGACAUGUAAGCCCUGGAAUUUUUUUUUCCUCUGACAAUGGUAACCCUGUUGUAAGUCCAGGCCAGCAGACCCCCUCAGCUGGCGUUGGGGAGAGGGGUGGGGGCACACCCCAUGAGAAACACCUCCAUUCACCCUCUUGGGGAAAAGGAGGGGACCUAAUGUUGGGGGACCAGGCUGAUCUGAUGUCUUCUCUGGACAGUGGUAUUCAAAGUGUUGCAAAGUCCGACAGUAGCUCACCACGAGUGGACUUUUCUGACGAUGUCAGCACCCACUAUGGCAAUGAGGAUGAGGUGUCUUCCAGCUCAGACGCAGGAGGGGCCACAGCCACUAAGCCUAAUCGCAGCCCCAUGAUCACUGGGUCACCCAAAAUGCAGAGAGCUGACCAUGGGCUGAUAAAUGGACAGAAGCCCUUGGGCAUGGGCAUUAACAAUCAUACUACCUCGACACCUGACAGCUAUGGACUGAAUGCUGGUGGGGGCACAGGGGCCAGUGGGGUAAGCCAUCCGGGCACUCCUGGAGUGGAGCAGGUACGCACCCCAUCCAGCACCUCUGGUCAAGAAGAAAUUCAUCCUCUAGAGAUUCUACAGGCUCAGAUCCAGCUACAGCGGCAGCAAUUCAGUAUCUCUGAGGACCAGCCCCUGGCCAUGAAAAAUGGCAAAAAGAAUGGAGACUGUCCCUCACAGAACGGAGACAAUGAGCUGGCGAGCUGCAGCCCGGAUGCUGGGAAGGGCUCAAUGGGCACUAUUGACCUUGACACCCUCAUGGCAGAGCAGCACGCCACCUGGUACGUGCCCAGUGACAAGGCCAUGAUGGACGGGUCAGAGGAUGACAAGGCCAUGGGACCCUGGGAAAAAAAUAAGAGCCAAAACAACACUAAAGAAGAAUCAGAGCUGUCCCAGAGUAAGGUUAGUGCUGGGGGCCCUGGGGCUGGAGGAGGCGGUGGAGGAGGCAGCGGAGGAGGAGGUGGAAGUGGAAGCAGCGGAGGGAACCACCUGCAGUGCCUGUCCGUCCACUGCACAGACGAGCUGGGGGACAGUAAGGGCAGAGGGGGGCCCGUCUCUUCCUGGCGCUCUCUCCACUCUGAUAUCUCCAACCGUUUUGGGACAUUUGUGGCGGCACUGACUUGAACAAAUAGCCGCUCCAGCAGGAAGAGUGAAAGAAGAUCACGACAUAAGAAGGAAAGCUUCAGAGACAUAUAUUGAUGAUGAUAAGGUGUCGACGAGGCAACUGCAAGCAGCUCUUGCCUGUUCAGGGAGAGAAAGACAUUUACACUUAUAAAUGCAAACAUGAACACGCACACACUCACUCAUCCACACACACGCAAAUAUCAUGUUCUUUCGGAUACAUGCAGUCAGACUUAAGGACACAUUCUCACAUACUGCUGGACAAUACAGCCUGGGCUCUCCUCAACGAUGCCCAAAUCUGGAAAACCUCAAAUCAAUAUUUUUUUUUCUUUUUUUCUUUUCUUUUUUUGAGGAAAAGUAAAGAAACGUCAAAGGGGAAUACAAAACCAGAAGAAGGGUGAAAGAUAUUCAGUUGUUAUUGGCUUUGAUUGUAUAUCAGUGUUGAGUCUUGUGGUGCGACCAUGGUCUCAUGACUUUUUUCUCUUACUUAUUACAGCUUGUCUGCUCUGACCUCAGUUUUAGAGACGUUAUGUGUACGUUAUCCCUAUAGUAAAAGCAGCUUUUCUGUUUGCUACCUAAAUUUCCCCCCCAAAUUUUUUCUGUCUUAUAAUGUACACAGAAAAUGUUGAUUUCCCCUCCCUGCCACACACACUCAAAUGAGGCCUGCAGCUUCUUUCGUAGAGGUCUGAAUGCUGAGAAGCAGAAGUAAAAGAAGAUGGGAAGAGGGGGUGAGCAUGCAUGAAUGUAAAUCAAAAGAAAAAGAAUUACUAAACUCAUCUUUUUACCUCUUUGUGAAAGCAGAUUUUUAACCUGCUGUUAAUGAUUUAAGAUUUGUUGUAGUUCUCUGUUACUGUCCUCUCUUCUCCUACAGUGGAUCAUAACUAACACUCACCUCUAUCAAUCGUAUAAGCUCAACCACUUGUAUACGAUUCAGCCAAUGGAAACUGGAAACGGAGGUCAAGGGAUUGUUUAAUAAGGGAAAUGAAAAAAAGGUAUUGCACAUGUAUAAUAAGAGAAAAUUUGCUGUGUGUUAGGCAAUCUUGUAAUCUUUAAAUAAAGCUUCUGUUGAAUUUGAAUUUCUGGAACAAUAGAUGGAGGACUGUGACGGCAAUUUACAAACUGAUUUUUUUGUUUUUUGUUUUCUUUUUUUAAUAAUAUGUAAAGUGCAGUCGUCUGUUUUCCUGCAUAUUGUAUAUAUCUGUAUAUGUUUUAUUGAGUAACUAAAUAACAAUAAAUAUGACGUUAAAGGUGG